UUACAUUAUUUCUUUUUCAAUUCAAGAUGGCAGCCACCAUGUGGACCGAGGCGAUAGAAAACUACGUUCGUGGCGAACAAAAAGAAGCUUUGAAGUUGAUUACCGCAGAAAUCACAAAUGGACAGAAAACAGUGGAUGAUUUUGUUGACAGCAUGGGAACCUACCUGAUGAGUAACGAAACCAGGAUCCGUGCUAGAGGGGUGGAAUUAAUGUCUGAAGUACUGACAAGUUUACCAAGAACUUUCCUCAACCAGCAACAGAUUCAAGUCCUGAUUGAGUUUCUCUGUGCUAGGCUGUUAGACCACCACUCUAUCACCCAACACACUCUCAAAGGUUUGCUGCCAAUGACUUCUCAGUCCAGCUUUCCUGCCAGUUUGUCGGUUCAGGUGAUGACAGCAAUCUUUAAAGAGGUCCAGGUCCAGACCAUGCUACAGGUGGACCGUAGAACAGUCUACAACAUCAUAUCAAACCUACUUAGGACUAGCCUUACAGAGCUACAAGGCAUGGGGUCAGAGUUCGUCCUCGGCUUCCUCCAUGCUAUGGACGGUGAAAAGGACCCAAGGAAUCUCAUCCUCUUAUUCAACAUCCUACCGACCGUCAUCAACAACUUCAAGAUUGAUAUGUUCAUUGAAGAGACUUUUGAGGUUGUAGCCUGCUACUAUCCUGUUGACUUUCACCCUCCACCCAACGAUCCAUAUGGUAUCUCAAGAGAGAAACUGGCACAGAGCCUCAAGACAUGUCUCUCCAGUACCCCUAAAUUUGCGCAGUUUUGUCUGCCAAUGAUCAUGGAGAAGUUAAGCUCAGACUUACAGACAGCACGGUUAGACUCCUACCAGCUGUUACAAGCAUGCGCACCGGUCUACAGUCAGAGUGAUAUCAUGUCCUACAUAGAAGCGAUCUGGUCAUACUGCAGGAAAGAGUUGAUGUUAGGUAUCAGUGUAGAGUUAGACAAGGAAGCUGCAAAGACAUUAGGUGCCGUGGUAACAGCAGUUUCAUCUGGUAUCCAGUCUACGUCUGGUGGUAGUGGGGACGGAGAUCUGAAUUCAUUCCUCAGGAACAUAUUAACAGAAUGCAGGCAGCAUCUUUGUGAACCAGACCAUCGGAUGAUCCACCCCUGCAGUAAGCUUCUGGUUGCCAUAGCAGCAGCAUCAUACCCGGCUUGCAUUGCCAUUCUCAAGUAUGCCGUCCCCAUCCUCCUAGAUCAGUUCAAUAUAUUUGACCAGACCAGAGAAAGAAUGGUCCUAUUAGACAUCCUUGAGAGACUCCUCCACUCCAGUCAGGGUCACAUCAAGGAACCAGAGGAUUGGAGAACUCUCUUUGCCCAUCACAUGGACACUGUAGUGACCACUGUCCUGUCCAGUUUUGCCAGGGACCAGGGUGUGCCGGACCUCAGGAAGAUUGGGCUAGGAACCCUGAGGGAAAUGGUCCAGGUCCCGAUUCUUAUGGACCAGAGUAGGCUGGAACUUGUGGGACAAGAACUGACAAGGGUUCUGCUAGAAGAAGGAGAUGAGGGUGUGAGGUGUGAGUGCAUAAAGACGGUAUCUAGCCUUGCCAAAAAACACACAGACUUUGUCAAGUCAACAAUACUUACGUCUUUAUGGACCACUGCACAAAGAGGGGGUCCAGGAUACCAAAGAAUAGUAGUUGACAUGGCAACCAUAGUAACAAAUACGUCAGAUGACCUCAGCAGGUCGCUGACCUCCGAGCUUGUGUCAGAAAUAGCUAAGCCAAAAUUAAGUUCUGACCAGCAUCUAGUGUAUCUUGCCACGUUAGAAACCUUGACAGCCAAUCUUUCCAGUACACCUUCAAAUCUAGAGUCCCUCCUAGCAUCUGUUGUCUACCCUUUACUUAAAAUGGUUGUGUCCGCCACUCUACAAUCCAGUACUGAAGCUGGGAUCAGUCCACAUUGUUGUGGGGAGGUUCUGGUUGCCAUUGCAAAAGUGAUUAGAGUGGUUGUUCCAAGAUUAGAUAACAGUAUGGGGAUCAAGCUAUGCCAGUGUGCUAUUGACGUAUUCCUUCACGGGGAGUUAAGCAGUUUGGAGCUAACGAAUCACAACACAUCGGUGCCCUUCUUACCAUUGGCACCUCAUGCACCAGGCCACCAGACACAGCUUGUCACAGUUCUCCAACCAAUAGUGUGUUCCCUGAGGAGAGAGGUCCAUCUACCAUCCUCCAAACAGCUGAUGUCAAGUCUACUUCACAUAUCAGCUCAUAGUACUGUGUGGUUGACUAGUACCUGGGCUACUAAGGCUUUAGCUGGAGUCAUUAAUAAGCACCAAGCAGGGUCAGAUUUAGAUGAAGUCUUAGUUGAAGCAGAGAGUCUUUUAGGUCGAGCAAUAUCUAGCAUGGAAGAAGGAUCAAGCAAAGAAAGAGCUCUUAUGGCUUGGGUCUUGCUGACCAAGGCUCUUGUGAUGCGUUCCCACCCCAAGGCAACAACAUUCCUCACAACAUUACUCAGACUUCUUGAAGAUGAAGAUCUUGGUGAUCAGGUCCCUCAAACCCUUGGCAUGCUCCUGGAAGACAUGGAGGAUGUACUGAGUGAGGAACUUCACUCAGACAUCAAGAUCAUGUACAAACAGAGGGUCUUCCUGCAGGCACUUCCAUUUGUCAUGGCUCUUUUUAACAAAGAUAACCUGCAAACAAGAGCCAUCACAGCCCUAUGCCAUCUACUCCCCAGCAUACCCCGCCCCGUCCUGCUGGCAGAGUUACCCCCCAUCAUACCCCGCUUGGUGCAGUCCCUCAGGGUGACAGACCCACGCCCCACCCUUCCCAUCUUGGACAUCUUGGAGUCUCUACUUGGGGAGACACUGCCCUCAUUGGUGGAUCAGAUUGAUAACCUUAUACCAACCCUCUUGGAGCUGAGUUCCUACCAAGCUUCUUUGAAAGUGCGCAUAGCAUCUCUGAAGUGUAUAGGGGCUGUUACCUCUUUCCCACAUCAUAUAAUUUAUCCGCAUCAGGAGACAGUGGUCAGAGCAUUAGCACCAAGGCUGGACGAUAAGAAGAGACUGGUCAGACAGGAGGCGGUCAAGGCUCGGACAAAAUGGAUUCUGCUACAACAAGACACAAAGAGAUAAUACAACAUUUUAUUGUAUCAUAUUAUGGUAAGGCAUCGAUCAUGUUAGAUGGGCACCCAGUAGGAUUUUAAAGCCUAUGCAGUAUUCUCUCGCUGGAAUGCUCCCCAGGGAGUGAAGGAAGUGCAUACUUCUCUGUGGACAAGCCAGGAUGCAAUGAUCAGGAUACUAACAUAUUUGUAAAGUGCUUUGAAAUGUUAUUCCGAUGCAAGCGCUAUAUGUUUAGACAAAACUCUUACAAAAGUACAGCAUAGUAUGUAUUCUUCUUAUGGUGAUUGAGCUUGAAGUCAAUGUCAAAGAAAAGAGGUUGAAAUACAGUCUACAGGAUAUUCUUUAUGACUGGAGGAAUCAUGCUUUCUCACUAAUCUAAAUAAUCUAUAGUGCACCUAAAUGUUCCUUCCUCAGGGUCUGUUUAAAGACUUUUCCCCCUGAACAGACAGGCAGCUCAGAACAAUCUCAUGAUGAUCAUGUAACUUUUAUUUUGAUUCAUGAAAUUUAACAUAUAGUCAGCCGACAAAUGUGACAUGAUUGUGUUUGGGCUUUAUCCAACAAACCUAGUUCAAGUUUUAUUUUCGAAAACCUACAUUUUUUUGGUGAACGUUGUCACCAACUGGGCAGUGUGGAGUGCACUUGAUAUAAUCGUUAAGUGUUUGUUUAUGUCUGUACAAACUCAAUCACAGGUACACACAUUUUUAUUAGAAGUAAAAUCCGAUCCUGGAUAUUUUAUCUGUUUCAUCAAGACCAAUUCGGGCAAAUUGAUGAAACAAAUAUGAUUGGAUGUGAAACCUUCCCCUAGAUUGGAAUCGUAAAAUCAAGUUAUCAAUUGCAAAAAGAGCUGAAAGCAAAUGCAACUCUAAACUUCAAUCUCAAGUAGUAACGAUACUAUUAACAUUCCCUCCAAACAAACACCCAAUACAGUGGUGCUAAAAAGUUAGUGAACUCCUUCAGAAAAUGCACUCCUUCAUGCUGAGUGUUGAAUGUAGAAAACAAUGGAACAGUGCUUGGCAAGCCCAGAGAAACAAAUUUAUUGAAUGUAAUAUUCAAUCACCUGACUUCACAAUUAAGUAUCUAAAAGAUGGCAGAAUUUGAAUACUUGAAAUAUGUUAAUUUUCUGGUGUGGUACACUAACUUUUUAGCACCCCAGGUGGGUGUUUCAUAAAGCUGUUUGUAAGUUAAGAGCGACUUUAUGAACGACUGGUGAUCCCUCCUUGUGGUAAAUGGUAUAUUCGUUGGUGAUGUUUUGGCACAUAAAGAAGGUUCACCAGUCGUUCUUAAAGUCACUCUUAACUUACGAACAGCUUUAUGAAAUGGCCACCUGUAUAUGUUCAUAUGAGUUGUAUUAUGUAUGACUUGUCAGACAGUGCUUGCAUUCAUAUCCCUAUUUCAGCAUGAAUCAAAUUUCAUGCAAAGGGAUUUAAGCAGUUAAAACUGAAAGGGCUUCCCUGAAGCAGUCAAGUACCAUAUUUCUGUUUUUCUGUUAUGUAUGUAAAUUAUGGAUGUUAUAUAAAUUACAUGUUACAUUAUGGCUAUGAAGUUGAGUGUGUGUUUAAUCAUCAUCAUUAUAUCCAUAAAUGAUUAUUUGAAAUGCUAUGAAUCAUGUGUCCAAAUUAUUGAGAGCUAUACAAAUACUGAAUCACUUUUCACUGUUAAACACUUGCACAAAAUUAGUACUAUUCACUUUUAAAUUCUCUUUUCUUUGCAUAUGUAUCUUUUGUAUACAAAAUAAAUACAUGAAUAUUAAGAACAUAUUUGGCCAAUAUAAGUGUGCUGUGGAACCAGUGUUGAAAAUCUAAAGCUAUCUUAUAUUGCAUGAGCACAAGACAAGGUGUUCGAGUUAUUAUGAGAUGGGGAUUUUGAGAAGGGCUGACAGAGUGGUGAUGAGAGUGAUAAGUGAUUUUGAUGAAAUCAACAAGGAUCACACAUUAUCAGAUACAUUUAUUAAUAGAUGGGCCAAUACAGCAGUUACUUUGUGACCUUAUCUUUAAUUUUCUUCUAAAUAGAUAUUCUAGAUUUAUAUAACUUCAGAAAAUAGAACAAAACCUUACAACCAACAAAUAGAACAUACAUUGAAAAUACACUUAAUUAUCAUCAAGAGCUUUGUGUUGUAAAUACCUGUAACUGAUAAACUCACACACAAUGCCAUAGAGAACUGCUUUUCAUUUCCAAUCAUGCAA